UCACGACAAAGUGCACGUCAAAUUUGGCGCCGUUGCCGGGGAAAGGCAAUUAUUUUUCUUUUUAUUUUAUCUCAUAAAAAUCAAAAACAAAAAAAAAAAAAAAAAAAAAAAAAAAAAAAAAAACAAAAUCUUACUUUUCUAUUUUCUGAGCUUACAUGAGUAUAUGGAUACCAACAUAUCAUCCCUAGAGAGGCAAAUUUCCGUCUUAACUUCUCUAAUAAAGGAGUUUAUUUCAUGUUCAAAAUCUCAAGAUGUCCAUACAUGCAACACUUGCAUGUCACACAGACAUCUUACGGAUUUUUGCCCAGAACUUCAAAAAGAAUACUUUGAACAAAGGAAUGAUGUUGGUUUCCAAGAGAGGUAUGAUUCAUUCUCCAACACAUAUAACCCAUACUCAAGUUCUUAUUCUAGCAUGUCCACUGAAGACAUGAUCCGAUCUCUCACUAUCAAUGUGACAAAUAUGCAACAAAAUGUGUCACAAUGCCCGCAAGAAACAAUGUCCAACGAACAGAACUUGGACAAUCAAGCGCAACAAAUGCCAAGCAUUGUGAACCACAUGAGCGAGGAGGAGGAAGAAGAGGAGAAUACGGAGAAAGCUCAACUGGAGGAGGAACCUCAAAACUCAACUCAACCAUCGGCCAUUCCUGAGAUCAUGCCACCAAUUCCGGAGGCUCUAAAUGAAACACAAAGGGUGGAGAAGGACAAAGAUAUCUAUGAAAUCUUCCGCAAUUGUGAAUAUAAUUUAGACUUCUCUUUGUUCACAAAUAAGCAAGGAAUAACGGUGGAGUUGCACAAAUAUUUCAUACUCCCUCUUAUACCACCCGAAUCAAAACCCCUUCCAUUGACCAUGCUUAGAGAAAAUCAUGGACCCUCACUCUCACAAUAUGAAGCGAUACAAAUCCGGAUAUUUGAUCCCGGAAAGAUUGUCCAAAUAGAGGGUCGAAAAAUAUUGUAUUUCUAUAAGAGUCACCCGGGUGAAAAUUUGAAGAAGAUGAAGUAUCACGAUCCAAGCUUGAACGAUUGAACACAAUGAUGGCGUCGUGCCGCGACGUUAAAUUAGGCGCUUCUUGGGAGGCAACCCAAGCAAGGUAUGUUUUCUUUUCAGUUUAUUUCAGUAUGUGUGCGUGUGUAAAAAAAAAAAAAAAAAAAAAAAAAAGUGUAUCUGGGGACAUACCCGAUCGCGUAAUCCUCCAUACUCGGUCGGGUAUGGGUAAAAAUAGGGAGAACCGAGUUCCAUACUCGAGCGAAAUGGUCAGUAUUUUAAACAUUGGAGGCAUACUCGAUCGAGUAUCAGUAAUACUCGGUCGAGUAUGUCCAGAAAGGCAAAUCCAAAAAGAGCCUGUUUCCAGCACUCGAUCGAGUAUGGACAUAUACUCGGUCGAGUAUGUCUGGAAAAUCAACCUACCAGACCCUGUCUUGAAGGCCCGAUCGAGUAUUAAGCCAUAUUCGAUCGGGUAUUACUGGAAAACUUCAUACUCGAACCCCUGUGUUGAGUAUCCGAUCGGGUAAAUCUGCAACUUAACCCCAAAACACUCCCCAAAACACUUCAUCUUCUCCAGACACCCAUACCAACCUCGACCCCUUCUCCCCAAAACUCCAUUUUUCUACCUUCUCUCUACCAUAUCUCCAUCAUUUCCCCACCAAAACACCCACAACCCACCAAAAAUCAAAAUCACCCCACUCCACAAACAACAAAAGCCGAAAUUGGGCACUAGGGACAGUGCUUGAACUAAGUGUGGGGGAGGAGACUCAUCAUGGGUAUGUAAUCUUAUUUUCUACCUUUUACUACGCAUGAACUUCUUUAAAAAAAAAAAACAAAAAAAAAUGAAGAAAAAGAAAUGCUAGUUAGGUUGAAAACCCAACAAAAUGGGCAAUCUAAGCAAAAAAAGGCUUGUGAAAAAUGAUGAGUGAGUUGGGAGAAUGGAAAAUGAAAAGAGAUGCUAGGAUGAAAACCUGAAAAGGCUCCUAGGCAAAAUGAGAGAUAUGAGAGUAAUAUUUAUUUUUGCAUGCACUCAUUUAAUCUCUUUGGAGAAAAAGAGGAAGAAGAGAAGAAAAAGAAGAAAAAAAAAAGGGCAAGAAGAUGGAGCAUAGAAGAUCAUUAAACCCUAGAAAGAAUGUUAUUGUAAAAACUCAUUUUUCCCCUGGUGGUCUUAGUUUCCUUCUUUCUUGAACUUUUGGAAAACUCUUAAACCGGUUGGAUGUUUCUGUUUUACUCGAGGUCGAGUAAAGAACUAAGUGUGGGGGAGUUGAUACACUUGUAAUUUCCGUAUGUAUGUUUACGUUUUUAGCUAGUUUUGGUUGUUUAGUAUUUCGGAAAUUACACACUUUUGGUGUAAUAGUUUAGUUUGUUGAAUUCUUGUAAUUUGUUUAGAUUAGGGUCAUUCUGAGCUCAAACAGGUCUACCAUCACUCAAAGGACAGUUGGUGAACCCCAAAAGUGGAAGGAAGGUGCAAAAUCACAAGAAAAAAGGGAAACCCUGAUUUUGG